AUUCUAUGCUGAAGAGCACCGGAAACUGGAGCAGUUAAGUAGUGACUGUUUUCCACAGCCGUAGCCCGGAAGUGGAGUUUGGACAGGUCAGUUCGGCUCGCAGUGGAAUUUGAAUAUCUGCUCAUCAAAGCCUUCAACAUGUCGGCCAGGAACCCUGGGACGAAGCUCGACCUGGAGUUGAUAUCGAAAGUGAGAGUCAACACACAGGCUGUCCUGAAGAGAGCUCAGCACAUCCAAGGACAAAAGAUCCCCAAGAAACAGUGGCAGGCUGCUUGGCUGCUGAAGGCUGUUACAUGCAUUGACCUGACAACUCUGGCUGGAGACGAUACACCGUCCAACGUCCAUCGGCUGUGUAUGAAAGCCAUCCAGCCUAUCCGAUACGACCUGCUCAAGAAGAUUGAUAUGCACAGCAAAGGAAUUACUACAGCAGCAGUGUGUGUGUAUCCAUCCCGUGUGGCUGAUGCCGUCACAUCGCUAAAAGCAGCCAAUUCUAGUCUUCCUGUUGCCUCAGUGGCUACUGGUUUCCCAGCAGGCCAGACACCUCUGAAGACCCGCCUAGAGGAAGUCCGCAUGGCAGUGGCUGAUGGCGCCACCGAGAUUGACAUCGUCAUCAACCGGACGCUGGCCCUCACAGGACAGUGGGAAGCCAUGUAUGAUGAGAUUUGCAGUUUUCGGGAGGCCUGUGGUGAUGCCCACAUGAAGACCAUCCUGGCUAUUGGAGAGCUGGGCACCUUCACCAACGUCUACAAAGCCAGCCUGGUUGCCAUGAUGGCUGGUUCCGACUUCAUCAAGACCUCCACUGGAAAGGAGGCUGUCAAUGCUACUUACUCUGUUGCUAUAGUGAUGGUGAGGGCCAUCCGUGACUACUUCUUGCGUACGGGCCACAAGGUGGGCUUUAAGCCAGCAGGAGGGAUCCGGACAGCUCAGGAGUCUCUGCUGUGGCUCACUCUGAUCAAAGAGGAGCUAGGCAACGACUGGCUCUGCCCCCUCCUCUUCCGCCUGGGAGCCAGCAGCCUGUUGGCUGACAUCGAGAGGCAGAUUUCUCUAUUGUUGCUGUGGUACCAAUUCUGGGACCUGUAACAAAUUGUGGGGGCUCGUCCGGGAUCUGUCACCACCAGAAUUGUCGAGGGGAACAGAUCCAUUGAUAACAGAACCACAAGGCCAAGGCAAGGUGACGUGACUGUUGCUGUGACGACAGCUGGUGGGUGUCCAUGAGGGGAGAUUAGAGCCUGAGGAGGGUCUUCAUUCUUCCAAGAGGAACUGCACUGCUCCCUCACCAGAGCAACGCACGUCAUGUCCACAGCGCGCAAAGAACUAGUAUGGGGCAUCAAAAAGAACUUGUACAAGCCCUUGGCCAUCGAAGUCCACAGGCUUGCAAGGGACGUUGCGACUGACAGUCAAGAUGCAGACGACUUGGAGUCCACUGAUGAGGAAGGUUGUGUGGACUAUAUCCUUAGCUAUAUGCAGUCUGAUACCUUACUUAGUUCUGAAGAUGAAGGUAUGAGUCAGUUGUUAAUGUUGAAUGAUAUGGUAUGUAGUAUCAUUCAUGAUCGUAAUACAGUUGUCAUCACAAAUGGGAUAUACAGGAAUAUAAGACACUCACAACCAUGCCAUCCAGCAUAGUGGAUCACACUACACUAUCACAUACUAACAGUGACACACCAAGUACCAGACACAGUACUGCUCUUCCAGCGGCUGUCGCCACAGUCCAUACCACACAACAGCACACUAACCUUAGCACAGACACUACCACUCAGAGUGUAGACCAGCUUCAAGUAAUGCAUGAAGAGCUAGGCAAGAAGUUGCAACACUACAAUAAUAUGGCUAGCACAGCACACAGUAGGCAUCACAGCCUAGGUGAGCCAGCACCACAUCAACCUCCACGUCACACUCCACCAAAGGUUGACACAGAGAAAAUAGUCUCCUUAAAGGAUCUCCCUUAUCUCCAGCGUAGGGAAUUUAAGGUACAUGGGGGACAGAUUGGGGACCAGAACUCUGACAUCACAUAUAGCAGCAUCUGCAAACAGAUAGAUGAGGGAGUCAGGGAGGGCUUCACAGAGACAGAGGUUAUCUGAGGAAUGCUGAGGGUUGUUAAGCCAGGGGCUCACCAACAAAGAUGAAAUAACAAUCUGUGAACUCAAGGGCUUCCUCAGGUCUCAUCUUGGUGAAAAGGCCAGUACAGAGCUGUUCCAGGAACUAAUGUGUGCAAAACAAAACAAACAAGAACCCCCCCAGCAGUUUUUGUAUCGCAUGAUUGGACUUAAACAGAAAAUAAUCUUCCAGUCAAAGCAGGCCAACAAAGACAUUCGCUAUGACCCCAAAACAAUCCAGGAGGUUUUCCUUCACACCAUCUACCAGGACCUAGGGUCCAAACAUACGGACAUCAGACAACAGCUGAGGCCACUCCUCUCGAACAGCCAAGUUACUGAUGAGGAAAUUGUCAGCCAGGUAAUGAAAAUAAUCAGUGACGAAAAGGAACACCAGCGUAGGCUAGGUUUUGCCUCCCGACAGAAAGCAACACACACACACACACACACACACACACACACACACACACACACACACACACACAGUGUUCGGGUGGAUGGUGGAGAUCAAACUGCAGACUGCUAGGUUUUCUGAGCAAUUACCGAGCAUAUGUGCAAGAUUUCUCACGCAUAGCAAGACCGCUAUACGAGCUGCUCCAGGUAAAGUCCAGUCCACCACAACCCAAGCCUACAAGGGGAAAAACAAAGGGCCCUCAACUGCCAUCACGCACCCCAGUAGUGUGGAACAGUGAGCACCAGCAGAUCCUCGAGCGCCUCAUAAACAUCCUAACCAACCUGCCAGUGCUAGCGUACCCAGACUUUGACCAUCCCUUCAUACUCCAUACCGAUGCCUCUCAACAGGGCCUCGGAGCAGUCCUCUACCAAAACCAGGAUGGAAAGAUGAGGGUGAUCGGCUAUUGGUCCCGCACACUAACACCAGCAGAACAAAGCUUCAGAUACCGCCGGGUGGGCGGGUGCCGCACCGCGGGCUUUUGGGUUUAUUUACCUGAGUAUAGUCUUACAGGCAGGUCGCCAGGUUUUAGGUUUAUUUACUUUGCACAGGUUAUUUGGGCUCUGACAUAUUUAAAAGCUUAAGGAAAAUGGUUACAACUGUUAAAGGCUUCAGAGAGCUACAUUUGUUUGAGGAGAAUGUUUAUAUUGUAAUGUAUAGAGUUUAAAGGUAAAAUACUAUAUUGUAAUAUUGAGUUAUGUCCUAAUGGUUUUACAUUGAAAGUGUUUAUGUAUGUAUUUCUCUGAGUGAUACGUGUAUUCAAAUUAAGUGUGUAAGUCCAGAAUCACUGCAGACUAGAUGUUGCUUGCUUUAAGUACAGUUGAGUAUUGCUGUAACUUGCACUAUAUCAGUAUAGUAGCCCUGAUUCACUUAUAUAUAGGUGAUAAUGUGUACUUGAAUGUUGUUGGAAGUAGAAAACUGUAAGAAGUACACCAAAAAUGUGAAGUAGCUACAGCUGUAAAUACAUUCUGUGAGACGUUAUUGAACAAUUGGGUUCAUGGAUGUUUUAGGCACUUAAGCCACAGUUACUGUAUGGACUGAGACAGAGACUGACACUCAGGGAAAUGUUCAGGUAUUGUGUAUUAUACUGUGAAUUAAAGAAACAGAUGCAAUCUGGAUGACGAACUGAAAA